AUGGCGGCUGCAUCCUCAGAGUUGGGAAGCUUGAAGCUUCAGCUGGAGAAUGGUUUGAGAGAGGAACCAACGGUGUUGCAUAGCUUAGCAGAUCCAAGCGUGAGGGGAAUGUAUGCGUAUGAGUCACUGAGGACCACAACCGUUGAGGAGAUAUACAAGGUUGCAUCUAUAGCUCUUAGUCCCAACGUCUCUGCGCAGAUAUUUAUGGGUUUAAUGGUUAGCCCACCAAAGCCUGGAGACAUUUCUUAUGACCAAUUCGUUCGUGAAAGCAAGGGGAUACUAGAGUCACUGAGAAGAAGAGCAAGAAUCAUGACUGAUGGGUUCAACAGCUGCAAGAACGUUGUCUGUAAUUUCACUGAAGGUGCAAUGUAUUCGUUUCCUCAGAUAAAGUUACCACCGAAAGCAAUCCAAGCAGCGAAACAAGCUGGGAAAGUCCCUGAUGUUUUCUACUGCCUUAAGCUCUUAGAAGCCACAGGAAUCUCCACUGUUCCUGGCUCUGGAUUUGGACAGAAAGAAGGGGUGUUUCAUCUGAGGACAACGAUUCUGCCUGCAGAAGAAGAGAUGCCUUUGAUUAUGGAAAGUUUCAAGAAGUUCAAUUAA